AUGCUACGAAUUCACAGAGUCAUGCCGCCAGUAGUAUUAAUUGUCGCAGCAUCUAUCUCCUGGCCAGGGCGUACAUGCCGGUGUCAUGUAGCUGAAGAGCUCAUGCAAGACCUCUCGCCCGAAAGAACCACAGUCGGCGAGGUCAAUCUCGCACAGCUCGAUAUGGCGCAGCUUGUGGAAUCCAUUCGCCCGAGGCCCAAUAUGGCUCAGAGGCGGCCUGAAACGCACGAGACCGUGCGCCCUGGUUUCGCACAUAGCUGCAACCAGUCUGCCAUGCAAGAGAUCAUGCGCCGCUCUGCCUCCUUGGCGAGUCUUGGCCAGUGGAUAGCGAUGUUCACCGCCAUGUGCAUAUGGCGACUGAGACUACGCAACAAGAUUCUGAAAGAGUUUGUUGUAUGUGUAGCCUCAGCGCAGGAGAUUCUUGCUCGAAGAGAUGCGGGGAGCUUGCAAGGGAAUCUGCAACGGCUGGCGGUCACUGGAUGA